AUGAUCAAGUCAGUUUUGCAAGCUAUUCCAACUUACAUCAUGAGCAUCUUCAUUCUUCCGGAUGUGGUGGUUAAUGAGAUUGAAAAAAUGUUAAAUUUGUUUUGGUGGGGUGGAGGUUCUAACAGCAAGGGAAUAAGAUGGAAGGCUUGGGAUAAAUUGACUUGUCCGAAAGCUGAGGGAGGCUUGGGUUUUCGGGAUUUUAAGGCGUUUAACUUGGCUAUGGUGGCUAAGCAAGGCUGGUUCCUCAUGACAAAUCUGAAUGCUUUAGUGUCUAGAAUCUUUAAAGCGAGGUGUUUUCCGAGAUCUAGUUUUUUUAUGCUAAGUUGGGUUAUAAUCCUAGCUUUGUUUGGCGGAGUAUUUGGAAGGCUAGAGAACUCCUUACCCUUGGAUGUAGAUGGCAGAUUGGUGAUGGUAGAAACAUAA